CACAUGAGUGGUCGACCGCUGGGCCCGAACGGGCUGCCCGUCAUGCGCGUGGCCAAGCCGCAGCUCUUUGUGACCGCCAUCUUGGUCGUCGUGCCUGCGCUUCUGGGCUUUUGCAUUGCGUACUACGGCGUCUACAGUCGAGGCGCUCUCGCUGCGUAUGAGACGCGCAUUGCGGCGCUCGUCGCGACGGACUUGCACUGGGCCUGCGCGGCCGUCGUCGUCUUUGGCCGGCUCGUCGCGUUUGUCAACGGCUACCCGAUGGCGCACAAGGGUCGCAUUGUCUUGCCCUUCUCGGGCAACCUGCGCGUGAACCCGUUCUACUACAAGGCGGUCGGGAAGGACGCGCCCGAGAACCUGGUUGGACUUAUCGAAGACGGCGCGGUUGGCGCCUACAACCGCGCGAACCGGUCGCUGCACCACAUGAUCGAGAACAACGGCGCCGUCCUCGCGUCCAUCUUUCUCGGUGCGCGCAUCUUCCCGUACGAGGUAUUUGUGACGAUCGCAACGUACGGCCUCGGUCGCGUCCUCCACCAAGUGGGCUACACAUGGGGCUUUGGUGGCCACGCAAUCGGCUUUUACAUUGCAACGCUCGCUGGCAACACACUCGAGGCGCUCCACCUCAUCAUUGCGCUCAAGGCGUGGGGUCUCAUGUAACGAUUAUGAAUGCAAGCACGACGUUUCCUGCU